AACACUAUCCUCUGCAACACUUAUUUGCUUUCACAACUAACGUUGUACAUCACACCAGCUGACUUUACAUGUUGACAGCCACAAAAAUAAGCCUCCCCGUAACCAGUCAUGUCGAUAAAAUUUGAAGACUCUGACACCAUCCACAAAAUCGAUGACAGCAGAAGGAAGAAGGUAGACAUUGCAUGUGUGUACUGCCGAAGGUCCCAUAUGAUUUGUGACAACUCCAGACCCUGUCUGCGGUGUAUAAAAAGAGGUAUUGGCCAUUUGUGCUAUGAUGAACCUUCUAAUGCCAGACAAAAGAAAAAGGCCCUGGAGCUAUCGAGAAGUGAGUCAUCGCCUGGUCCCCCCGGUGCCUCUGUCAGUCCACCUGCCUACGGAAUCCAGCAGUCUUUGAGUCUGAUUUCGCAGUCUCCCAUCCAAGCACAACAACAACCAAUUUCAAUACAACAUCUGCUCUCAGCCGGCGAUACCGCCGGCCAACCCAAGAACUUCAACAAGUCCGUGCUAUCACAAACCAUGGCCUUCAACCUCGAGCCCUUUUUCUAUUCGGAGCACGCUGGAAGUGAAUUUAGUUCACUCAAUGACUUUUUGUCGAUGAUAGAUGACCCUGAGUUGGUUAACGGGGCAUUAAAUGAAGACACUCCCACCAGUACAAACAACGACAGCACCGGGCUUCUCAACUUCGGGUUGGUUGAAAACACCCAGCCGAAUCCGAAUCCUAAUCCUCCAAAUGGUAGUAAUUCUGCUAGCACCGACAAUAUUCAGAAUAUAUUGACAUAUUCACCCAACAGUUCAGCCUACCAGCAAUUUUCGGGCCAGUACCAGCAGUCACCUCAGCAGAUCGCCCCGGUCCCCGUACCCCCAACCCCACUAGAAAAGAGACAGCCUGUCAGUUCACAAAAGUCCCAAACAGAUGCUCACCAGCCGGUAAUUUCAGAUGCCGCUAGAGACAAGUUCUUCUUAACGGCUGCCGAUCCCACGACCGAGAUCUCGCCCGAAGAAAGAUUGAAACAGGUCAUCAAGGCCAAGUUGGAAGCAGGUUUGUUGCAACCCUAUAACUAUGCCAAGGGAUAUGGAAGGUUGCAAAACUAUAUGGAUAACUACAUGAACUCAACCAGUCGUCAACGGAUCUUGAAGCCGUUGUCGGUGUUCCGUCCUGCCUUUCGGGCCAUUGCCCGUACCUUGAAAGAUGUGGAUUUGGUGCUUGUGGAGGAAAGUUUCGAACGGAUGCUUUUAGACUAUGAUAGAGUGUUCACGUCGAUGGCUAUUCCCGCAUGUUUAUGGAGAAGAACGGGGGAGAUAUAUAGAGGGAAUAAGGAGUUUGCCUCGUUGGUGGGAGUUACUACCGAUGACCUUAAAGAUGGUAAACUUGCCAUCUACGAGUUGAUGAGUGAGGAAAGUGCGGUGAAUUUCUGGGAAAAGUAUGGGGCUAUUGCUUUCGACAAAGGGCAAAAGGCAGUUUUGACCAGCUGUAAUCUCAGAACAAGAGAUGGAAUCAAACGCAAAAGUUGCUGCUUUAGUUUCACCAUUCGGAGGGAUAGAUAUAACAUCCCCAGUUGUAUAGUAGGAAACUUUAUUCCAAUUGAUCCUUAGAGGGUCCAUGUAACUUUACAUAAAAAACGAUUUUGAUCAUUAAAA